CGGAUCCAAAAUGCCCCGCAAGUCGGGGCCGAUAGAUAGAUCGCACCCUAUUUAGACGGCCGUGAUGAUUAACCUUCCGGAAGCAUUUCGCUUCACACCUGCCACGUGGAACAGAAGAACAGAAUUUAUACGAGCCACAUCAUCCCGCCGCUCACAAAGGACCAAGCUGCACAACCUUCUAGCCAGGUUGUAACUCCUCCCUUCCAGUACCACCUGCCUGCAGAUCCAGCAGCACGAUCACCACGUCGCGCACCAUGGCUUCCGCCUCCAGCGAGAUGCCCAGCUUCCCGUUCGCGCGGGCGUCCGGCCUGGACCCGCCGGCCGAGUUUGCGCGCCUGCGCAAGACCGACCCCGUCUCCAAGGUCAAGCUGUACGACGGCUCGGCCGCCUGGCUGGUCACCAAGUACCGCGACUUGUGCCAGGUCGCCACGGAUCCGCGGCUGUCGAAGGAACGCAGACGGCCCGGAUUCCCCGAGUUUAGUGACGGCGGCAAGCAGGCGGCGAAGCAGCGGCCGACGUUUGUGGAUAUGGACCCGCCGGAGCACAUGAGGCAUAGGAGCAUGGUCGAGUCGUGGUUUACCCCUGAGAAGGUCAAGUCGAUGCGGCCGUACAUCGACAAGACGGUCAACGACCUGCUGGAGCGGCUCAAGGCGAAGGGAUGCGCCAACGGGCCGGUCGAUCUGGUCGAGGAGUUUGCGCUGCCCGUUCCGUCAUAUAUUAUCUACACCAUCUUGGGUGUGCCGUUUGAGGACCUCGAAUUCCUGACGCGGCAGAAUGCGAUCCGCACCAACGGAAGCUCGACUGCUCGAGAGGCGUCCGCGGCCGCGGAUGAGCUGCUCCGCUAUCUCACCCGGCUCGCCGAGCAGCGUGCCAAGGAGCCUAAGGACGACCUGGUCAGCCAGUUGAUGAUUGAGCAAGUGAAGAAGGGGAACCUCGAGCAGGCCGAUGCUGUGCAGAUGGCUUUCCUCCUGCUGGUUGCUGGUAAUGCCACGAUGGUAAACAUGAUUGCGCUGGGCGCCGUAACCCUGGCGCAGCAUCCCGAGCAGAUGGCCGAGCUGAAGGCCGAUCCAGCGAAGUGGGCCCCGGCAUUUGUGGAGGAGCUGUGCCGAUACCACACGGCGUCGGCCAUGGCCAUCAAGCGCACCGCCAAGGAGGAUCUCGAGAUCGGCGGGAAGCUCAUCAAGGCGCACGAGGGCAUCAUCGCAUCCAACCAGUCUGCCAACCGCGAUGAGGAAAUCUUCGAGGACCCAGACACCUUCAACAUGCAUCGCAAGUGGCCCAAGGAGGAUCCGCUGGGCUUCGGCUUCGGCGACCACCGUUGCAUCGCCGAGCACCUGGCCAAAGCCGAGCUGACGAGCGUGUUCACACACCUCUACAGCAAGCUGCCCAACCUGAAGCUGGCCACGUCGAUCAAUGAUAUUCAAUACUCCCCGCUGGAUCGGGAUGUCGGCAUCGAGAAGCUUCUAGUGACGUUCUAAUAGACUGUGGGACGGCCUGGUUGAGUAGGAACUGUGGCUGAAACCGGAGAUUAGUACACUGGCUCCCGAUCAGGGUCGCCUGCUGUUUGCUUGCGUAGUUUCGGGGCUGCUUUUCUCAGUAGGCAUCUAGGUCUAGCAAUACUCCACUCUCAACAUGUGCAACAUCUGCUGCGAGAUCGGCUCGGUCAACUUGCACCUACGACUUC